UUUUCUAAGAAAGAUGCUGGCACUUAUGAAGUCAUACUGAAGGACGACAGAGGAAAGGACUCCAGUGAGCUGAAGCUGAAGGACACAGCUUUUGCAGACCUGAUGAAUGAAGUAUGCAGAAGGAUUGCUUUAUCUGCGACAGACCUGAAAAUCCAGAGCACAGCUGAGGGUAUCAGACUGUACUCCUAUGUUACGUAUUAUGUGGAAGAUCUGAGAGUAGGCUGGGUGCACAACGAUACCCAGAUUAGGUUUACAGACCGAGUGAAGACUGGUGUCACCGGGGAACAGAUCUGGUUGCAGAUCAAUGAACCAACUCCACAGGACAAAGGCAAAUACACAAUGGAACUCUUUGAUGGUAAAACAGGACACAAAAAGACAGUGGAUCUUUCUGGACAAGCAUUUGAUGAAGCCUUUGCUGAGUUCCAGAGAUUAAAGCAAGCUGCGAUUGCAGAGAAAAAUCGUGCACGGGUACUUGGAGGUUUGCCCGAUGUUGUCACCAUCCAGGAGGGCAAGGCACUCAAUCUUUCUUGCACUGUCUGGGGAGAUCCUACCCCAGAGGUCUCAUGGCUGAAGAAUGAAAAAACAUUUGUAUCAGAUGCUAAUUGCAUCCUGAAAUAUGAAUCUGGAAAAAACGUCAGCUUUUCCAUUUCUACUGUGUCCACACUCGACUCUGGGAAAUACAGCAUUGUGGUGAAGAACAAGUACGGCACAGAGACCAGCGAUGUCACUGUAAGUGUGUUCAUACCUGAGGAAGAGUCUGAGCAAGAGAAAAAGAAAGAAGAUAAGAAAGCGAAAGCGUGAAUUUAAGACUAGGAAACAGAAGUAUGGGGGAGAUUUUGGAUGAUAGGCUGACAUAAUCUGUGUGUGUAAAUGGCUUUCUGCUUUAGCAGGCAGCCUUGGAUUUUUCCAUUUACUUCACUUUUGCUUCUAAUAAUACACUUAAUUGUGCCAGGGAAAACAGGGCCUUUCCUAAAUAUUUUCUUACUGCUAACUUGGCAGAACCUCGUUGUAGCAUCUUCAGCCAGGCCAAAUGCAUGCUGGCUGUAAACACAGGUCCACCAUUUGACCCUCUUCCCAGAGCAUUUGACCAUACAACAAAAAUGGAAAGUGUGACGAAUCAUUUCAGUGGAGGCAACUGAUGAGGUAGAUGGAAAGAUAAAAAAUGAUGGAAGCAUUUUUGAGCAGCAGUUUAGAUUUGUUCCAACUUUGGUAAAGUAGCAUAGAUGGAAUGCGUUAGAGAAUUAAGUCAUGGAGAAAUUAGUGCUGUUUUUUGUCUACAUUAAGGCCCCUUUGUAUUGCUGUGUUAAUUUAGAGAGGCCUUAAUAUGGGUGUCAUUUGCAUCCAUAAAUAUUGUUUAAUCUGCCCAAUUGGGGUAAAAGUACUGUAACAUAAAUGAAAAUUAGG